AUGUACCGGGCCGCCCUCACACAGCUGCGUCCGGUAAUGGCGAUCCGCCCGACCCUGGUGGCACCUAGCCGCUGGAGGAUGCAGACGGCUGCCUACUCCGCGGAGGCCACCCCCGAGCCUCGCGUGGAGAGCCAGGCCAGCUCAGCUGGGGAGCCAGGCCCCGCGCCCGGGGAUGAGGGAUUCGCCACCCGCAGGGUGUUUGUGCACAACCUCCCCUUCGAGACCAAGUGGUCGGACCUGAAGGACCACUUCAGCGCGGCGGGCCCCGUCGCCUUCGCCUCCGUGCGCCCCAACAAGGGCUGGGGCGUGGUGGAGUUUGAGACGCCCGACGAUGCCCGCGCCGCCAUCGACCAGUUCGCCAACUCCGACUUCCGCGGCCGCGCGCUCUUCGUUCGCGAGGAUCGCCCCGACGCGCGUGGUGACGACCGCCCGCCGCGCCCGCGCCUGACGCCCGAGGAGCUCGAGGCGCAGCGCGUGCGCACCGUCUUCGUCACCGGCCUGGCACCGGACGUGGCGUGGCAGGAUCUGAAGGACCACUUCAAGCCCGCGGGGCAGGUGGAGUUUGCGCGUGUUGUCAUGGGCCAGGACGGCCUCUCCCGCGGCUUUGGCCUCGUGCGCUUCGCCAGCGAGGACGACGUGCAGCAUGCCGUCGAUACGCUGAGCCAGACCGAGCUGCGCGGCCAGACCAUUUCGGUGCGCCCCGACGCCGGCUCCAACGCCCUGCGCGGCGGCCAGGCGCGGCAGGGCGGCUACGCCGCCGACCCCGACGUGGCGGUGGUCCUCCUGGGCCUGCCCCUGGCCUUCACCUGGCAGGACAUGAAGGCGCUGUGCGAGCCCUACGGCGAGCUGGGCCGCGUGGAGCUGCGCACCCACGCCGACGGCACCAGCCGCGGCUGGGGCAUGGUGCGCUUCAAGGACGCGGGCGAGGCCGAGGCCGCCAUCCGCGCGCUCAACGGCACCGAGCUGGAAGGCCAGACGCUGCGCGCCAAGUUCGACGAGAGGGUGCAGCGGAACCCAGACCAGGGCUGGCACGGCGCGGAGGACAACUGA